GUUUUUGGCGGGAAAAUCGUGUAUGCAACACUGAAUCCCUAAAAAGCUCAUUCGAACUCUCUUUUUAUCAGUGGAAACUGGAAAUAAAAAAGUGAGAAUGGGAGGUAGUGAAAGUGAGGCCGUGUUUAAUUCUCUAAAUCUGAACCCACAGCUUUUCAUCAAUGAAGCCCUCAACACCGUCGACGAUUUGGUUGAUGAAGCAUUCGAUUUCUACCUCCAACAAGCUUCAACUCUUUUGAAAACGGAGGGCACGGAUAGGUCUCAAGAUCUAUGCAAGGGUGUGGCUUACAUUCGCAACAUGAUUCAAUCAGCUUUGGAUAAGCGACUGGGUAUGUGGGAGAAGUAUUGCCUUCAUCACUGUUUUGCUGUUCCUGAAGGAUUUUCUUUACCCCAAACUAAUGAAUUACCUGAUGAAAGUUCGAUCAGUGAAGAUGCAUUAAGUGAUCCAGAUCUGGAUGGACAGUUGAAUUCCUUAAGGGCUAAGCUCAAUGUGGCUGGGAAGGAGUCUGCUGAGCUGAACCGAGAACUCCGAGCACUAGAAAAACAGUCUUCUUCAAGUGAUCGCUUUGCUAGUGAGGCAUUGCAACUAUAUGAAGAAAAUUCUAUGCAUGACAUGUUUCAAGAGAUGGUGAAAAUGGCAUCUGAACUUCGUAUAAAAAUGGAUAAACUGAAGGCCAGGAGAAUGGAAGAUAGACAACAAAUUAGAACAGAGAGAGUUUUCAAUCCAAAAGGAGAGUUUUGUACAAUAAAUCACGGCAAAGGCCUCUACAAUGCUGAGUUACAAGAUCUUCAAGAAUUUGUAUCGGAACUAAAAAACAUAUGAACAUCAUAUAUCUGUCUUGCAUUAGAUGAGUUCUAUAGUGCUUGAUGGUUACCAGUAAGUCCUCUAUCAUGUUGUUUACUCGGAUUGGCUUGUUUAAUGUAAAAUUCUCUUGGUUGAAAUGUUGUCUGAUAUAAUAUUGUUGCAUAUUAUGCAUUGUCCAUUAAACUGGGAUGAGUUAAAA